AUGUCAAUGAUGUUUGAAGAAAUGGGGUUUUUUGAAAGCUUCAAUUUCUUAUCUUCUCCUCCAUUUGAGACUGAAACCACAACACAAGGGCCAUCAAUGGAAGACUAUUACAGUGAUGAUGAAGAAACGGACAUUGAUGAGCUUGAAAAGAGAAUGUGGCAGGACAAAAUACUUUUAAGACGUUUAAAAGAGCAAAAUAAUUUAAAAAGAAGUAUCAAUGUCCAAAAACAUCAGCAAUCUCAAGAACAAGCUAGAAGAAAAAAAAUGUCAAGGGCCCAAGAUGGAAUCUUGAAAUAUAUGUUAAAAAUGAUGGAAGUUUGUAAAGCUCAGGGGUUCGUAUACGGAAUCAUCCCAGAAAACGGUAAACCGGUGACCGGAGCUUCCGACAAUCUCCGGCCAUGGUGGAAAGAAAAAGUCCGGUUUGAUAAAAACGGUCCUGCCGCCAUCGCCAAACACCAGGCUGACAACUUCCCGGAGAGUUUAACGCCGCUGGUGGUGGUGUCAACACCACACACAUUACAAGAGCUUCAAGACACCACACUUGGGUCGCUUUUGUCGGCUUUGAUGCAGCAUUGUGACCCGCCACAGCGGCGGUUCCCGUUGGAGAAAGGUGUUGCGCCGCCAUGGUGGCCGACCGGAGAUGAGAAGUGGUGGGUGGAAGCAGGAAUGAUGAGGGAACCGCCGCCACCGUAUAAGAAGCCCCAUGAUUUAAAAAAGGCGUGGAAAGUUAAUGUUUUGAUGGCAGUGAUUAAGCAUAUGUCGCCGGAGAUUGAUAAGAUUAGGAAACUUGUUAGGCAGUCGAAAUGUUUACAAGAUAAAAUGACUGCUAAAGAAAGCGCCACGUGGAUUGCGGUUGUUAAUCAAGAGGAGGCGCUUUGCCGGAAUUUGUAUCCCGACAGCUGUCCUCCGGGAAUUGGCGGCGGCGGUGGUGGGUGUUUUCCGAUCAGUGAUGUUGGUGAUUAUGAUGUUGAAGGUGCGGCUGAUGAGCCGAUUCCAGUUGUUCUAGUUAAAGGGGAGAUUGUUGACUCGUCUGAGAAUUUUACUCUGAAAAGAAAACGACCAUCCAGUAGCGCCGAUAACCACCACCUGCCGCCAGGGUUUCAUGGCACAUCUGCAAGAAACAACCACCAGAUGAGCGGAAACCUAAACAUUCAAAUGAACAAUAUUGAGAAAGUACCUGCGUUUGGUAUGCCGUCGUUUGAUCAAACUAAGCUCGCUGCACCACCACCGCCAUACGGUGGUGGUGGUGGCAGCGGUGCUGGUGUUUUGGAGCUUGGACUUCCGGAAGAUGGUCAAAAACUGAUUUCUGAUCUCAUGGAAUUCUAUGAAACGAAUCUUCAACAAACCAAUGGAAGCUUCAACUGUGGGAAUCUUGAUCAAAUCCAGCUCAAUGACGGUUUCUUUGGACCAAAUUCUGGUUUCGAUUCCGGGAACAACCUGAAUUCAAAUGAUAAUAAUACCCUUGACUUCAGAUUUGGAGCACAAUCGUCAUUUUCUCCUCAAGAUGCGUCUAUGUGGUACCUUUGA